CCGGCGGCGCGCGGAGCGGACGGACCACCCCUCGGAUAGGCUCGGCUCCGGCCCCGCUCGCCUCGGCUUUCGGCUCGACUACCACGAGCCGUAUGACGACGAGCGACGACCAGGAGCGCCGGCAAAGCGGGAUAUUUUUUGGAAUUCUAAUUUUCAACCAGGGCGAGAAAAAAAAAAAACAACCCUCGAAACUUGCGCGUGUGGUUGCGUGCGCACGUGUGUGUGUGUGUGUGUGUGUGUGAUGUGUAUGUGUGGAUCCUAGCCACAAAAAGGACUUAAUUCUUCCGCAGUGUGGGAGAAAAUAAAUGCAAACAAAACUAAAGGGAAGUUCGGCAGCGGUAGCGUCGGCUGCAGUGGUAGUGGUGGUGGUGCAGCUGCUGCCAGAAGACUUUCAUCUCUUUCAUAUUGGAUGAACGGUCUGCAGUGCGGAUCGGGCUGAGUGGUCCGUGGUCCGUGAAGAGCGGCCGUGCGGCCUGCACCACCUGCGGUCUGCGCGUGGGCCCGCCCCGGGUGGGCCAGCCCCACCUGUAGCCGCGUCCACCUGUGCGCGGCCAGGGCGAGGGCCAGGAGGGCCAGGGCCAGGGCCUGGCGAGGCAGCCGCCCCCUGAGGCACACCCUUCUCGCCUCGACGGUCAGAUGGGCGCGGCGGCCCCAUGAUGCGGGUCCCGGAGCACUGGGCCUGGACCCGAGCGGAGCGGGCCGGCGGGCAGGAGGGGGCCGAGGAGCGUCCGGGCCCCGGCCUGGUGGACGCCGUCUGGAACGCCACGGCCCCCGGCGCAGAGGACGAUGACAGCGGCCGCGACGAGCGUCUUGCGCAGGUGGAGGUGGCGGUGCUGGGCGUGCUGCUGGUGCUCACCGUGCUGGGCAAUGCGGUGGUGCUGCUGGCGCUGUACGCCCGGCGGCGCUGCGGCGGCCGCAGGAAGCUGUCGCGCAUGUUCUACUUCAUCCUGCACCUCAGCGUGGCCGAUAUGGUCACCGCCUUCUUCAGCGUCCUGCCUCAGCUCGCAUGGAAGGUGACGUUCCGCUUCCACGGCGGCAACUUCCUGUGCAAGGCGGUCAAGUUCGGCCAGCCGCUGGGCGUGUACCUCAGCUCGUACGUGCUCACGGCCACGGCGCUGGACCGCUACCGGGCCAUCUGCCACCCGCUCACCUACUGCUCCUGGUCGAGCAGCCGGGCCAGGGCCAUGGUCGGCGCGGCCUGGGGACUGUCGCUGCUGUUCUGUCUGCCACAGGUGUUCAUCUUUUCGAUUGAGCCUAUGGAGGGUGGUUACGACUGCUGGGCCACGUUCGUGCCGCAGUGGGGUCAGCGAGCCUACGUCACGUGGUACACGUGCUCCGUGUUCAUGAUCCCGCUGGCCGUGCUGCUCUUCACGUACUCGCGCAUCUGCUGCGAGAUCUGGCGCAGCGCGUCCAGCAAGCACGCCCCUACGCUCGGCACCUGCAAGACCUGCCCGCACGUGCACGCCUACGCCUACAGGUUCGCGCCGCACCAGCAGCCCGCGCCCGUGAGCAGCAACAGCUUCGCGUACGCGCGCUCGCAGCAGCAGGCGGCCCAGCGCACCAACCCGCUCAUCUCGCGCGCCAAGAUCAACACCGUCAAGCAGACGGUGCUCGUCAUCGCCAUCUACAUCAUCUGCUCCGCGCCCUUCAUCUGCGUGCAGCUGUGGGCCGCCUGGGGCAACGCCGACAACCCAUUUUUUCAGGGCCGAUACAUGACCAUCCUCACGCUGAUGUUCAGCCUCAACAGCUGCGUCAACCCCUGGAUCUACCUGGCCUUCAACAAGGACCUGGUGCGCAUGCUGUGGCUGCUGGUCUCGUGUCAGGGCGGCGCGCCCAGCGGCCACCCGCUGUCCGCGCACUCGGGCGGCUCGGGCUCCUCGCAGUCCAACACGACGCAGCACCGCACCUGCUUCACCGACCUGGCCAACAACCACGUGCCCGGGCCCGGCACCGCCUUCGGCAGGACCAGGGACGGGGUGUCCGGGCUGCUGUACAAGGGCCGCGCCCUGAACGGCAACGGCCGCGCCAACGGCCACGCGCAGAGAUAGCGGGGGCUGCCGGGCGCAGCUCCCCGGCGACACGCGGUGCUGGUGCGCUCGCGCCGGCACGCCAGCGGGCUGCUGCCAGCGCCGUCCGUCGUGGACCUCGACGCGCAGUCCGACUCGCUGUCGGCGGUGUCGCCGCUGCCCUCCCCCGCGGAGGCGAGCCUCUCCGAGCAGCUCUCCCUGCUGGAGGACAUCGCCCGGGAGAGCGAAGUGUGACGUGAGGCUGCCCCUCACUUCUUGCAAUGUUUUCUGGGGGUCUCACCGAGGUCUUUGUUUUAUUAUUGAGGGCCUGGCGAAGGCGUUUCGGUUGUCCUCGGCACCGGCCUAAAGUGCGCGUCGGCGCGUCGGUCGUUGGAAUAUUGGCUUCGUAGUGUCGUAAUGUCGUUGGCACCGUCCUGACCUGGGGUGGGGGCGCCCUGGCACCGCAAAGUCACAAGUAAGUGGUCGUAAAGCAGGCCAGCCCACGGGGCCAGCCACCGAGGGGAAAGUGUUUUUAGCGGGGGGCUCUCCUGGCGAGGAGGGAGGAUGGCUUCCUCCAGCGAACCUGCUCCGUCAUGUUUUAUGGAGGUUUUGGACUGUGAUCAUCGGAUAGUAGCUGGGAAAUAUUAUAUUUAUGUUACCAAUGUUACUCUACUCGACCAGUAUUGCAUAUAGUUCAAACAAAUGUUUUAAAGCGAGGAUCAUGAUCUAAGUGUAUUGUGAUGUCAUAGCUAAGGCAAAGUUGCCGUGUGAUUUUACAAUGAAUUUAAUGACUGUUAUGUUAUUCUUCCAAAAUUGUUUGCAAAUUAGCUUUGAAAAAAUGAUUUCUAUAUAUGUAAAAUAAAAAUGAGGCUUGGGUGAAGUUUUUCUGAAGUGCAGUUCAAAACACUGGCAUAACUCAAAGGUAUAAGAAUGGCCUAAAGAAUGACUGAAUUUGUGACAUUUUAAAAACCAUCCAUGUACUAGUCUCGUAUUUUUUAUUCUUUCCAAUGGUUCUUGGGCUACUUUCUGGCGACAUGAAGAAUGCCUAAGUUUAAAAUGAUAUAAACCGGUAGGCAUGUAAGUCUCUUGAAAUUUUCUUUGGCAUGAGUUCUUUACGAAAGAAACAACAAACAAACCGUAUAUGGCAAUGUCGCCAAAUCAUAUUUUGCGAUUCAGCCUAUUUGCCCAAGCCUCGUAAAAUAAGCCAAACUGAAAAAGUGUAAAAUAUAUUUACACAGGUGAAUAAAUGUAUUGUAAUAAUAUUUUUCUUCGUAUAAAAGCGUACAUGUAAUAUAGUGUUCUGAAAAGUUUCACUUGAGCUUACUUAUAAGACACUUUGUCUACAUUUCUUACUGUAGCUGACUUUUUUUUACAAAGACGUGAUUGGUGGCGGUGAUGUGUGGCGAAAUACAGGCUGUGUUUAUGUUCCUGAUAAA